UUCGAAGAAGAAACCAUUUUUUUUCCUGAGAGAGACUCAGUUUUAUUCUUUUAGCACCGGAGAGAAGGAGCAGCGAUGGAGAAUGAUUAUACGGUGAAUAUUGUUUCUCUUGAGAUGGAUCGUGAUGUUGCCGAGUCGUCGGCUGAAUCUCAGAGCGAGUCGACUCUUUCGAACUCGCUCGAGUCCGGUGUUACGGCUGAGACCUCUCGUGCUGAUGCUGAUUCCAAACUGGAUGAAUGUGAUGGUUGGACGAAUGAGAAACACAACUCAUAUCUUGAUUAUUUAGAGAGCUCGUUUGUUAGGCAGUUGUAUUCCUUCCUUGGAGGAGAGACUCAGAGACUUUAUAGAACGCGUGAUGUGCAGUCUAACUCUCACAAAUCGACUGAUCAGUUUACGGUCCUACAAAAUGGCUGCUGGCAGAAGGUUAACUUUGGAAGGAAACAAGCUCAUUUGGAGACUUCAUCUGAGUUUCGUUUUCAGAAAAAAUCAAUGAGAACUAAACCUGAAAAUCCCAAGGGAAAUUACACCAUGGGAACUGCUGUCCAAGGAGAUGUGUUAUGUCAUGAAGAAACCAAACACUCAGAGGCGUCAGGGCAGAAUUUCAGAGAAGAAGAAGAAGAAGAAGAGAAGGGAGAGGUGAGCAGAAAACGAGACAGAGAAGCAAAUAACGAUGAUAGUUCAUUGAAGGAGGAUCAGGUUGUGCCGGCAAGGAUGGUGAAGCCCAGAAUGUGAAAGCAUUAGGAAGUGUAGAUGAAUUUACCAUGAAUAGAGAUAAAGAAGAAUAGAAGGUGUGGGUUACGAAUGUGGAGACGGUUUUGUUUGUUGUAUAGCGUGAGGCUAAAGAGAGCCUUCCUUAUAAAGGAAUCCAAUGGGA